UUUGGUUUUGAUUGGUUGGCUGUUCUUUACAGGAUGUGAUGCAGCAGGCAACAAAUGCUAUCCUGAGAGGAGGCACAAUUCAAGCUCCUACUGUAUCUGCCAAGACCAUUGCAGAGCAACUGGCUGAAAAAAUAAAUGCUAAGCUGAAUUAUGUACCUAUAGAGAAGCAGGAGGAAGAGAAACAGGAUGGAGGACAAAACGAAUCGUUUAAGAGAUACGAAGAAGAGUUAGAGAUCAAUGACUUUCCACAGACUGCCAGAUGGAAAGUUACCUCCAAAGAAGCACUACAGAGAAUCAGUGAAUAUUCUGAAGCUGCUAUUACAAUCAGAGGAACUUACUUCCCUCCAGGCAAAGAACCCAAGGAAGGAGAGCGAAAGAUUUAUUUAGCUAUAGAAAGUGCCAAUGAACUGGCUGUACAGAAAGCAAAGGCAGAAAUCACACGGCUUAUAAAAGAGGAGCUUAUUAGAUUGCAAAAUUCAUACCAACCAACCAACAAAGGAAGAUACAAAGUUCUAUGAGUGUUUGGAGUUCUCUGCUGGUGGCUGGUGUGUGAAACUCGUGGCUUCUGUUGUUUUUGCUGUUUACACUGCUUAUUGUAAAUUAAGAUUUUUUUUAUUUUGUCUUGCGGACAUUUUUUAACAGAAAAUUGUUACUUGCUGAGACAUCUUAAUUCUCUCCACUGAGGUUAUCAGUCUUAAAGCAGACCAGUUUUGGCAGAGCAUGAUUUAAUUUAAAAGUGCGGUAUAUACUUUACACCAUAAAGAAUAUAAAAUAAAACAGAUUUUAAUUUUCCUGACAGACUAUACUGUUAAGUAAAUUAAACAAUACUGGGAUUUGUGUUGGAAAUUGUUAGAAUGUACCUGCUUCAUAUUGCGGGGAUGAGCCGUACCAUAUCAGUUUAUACUGGAAUAAUGAUAAAACACCAAAAUAAAGGCAGGAUUUUCUCCUGAUCCUUAGCAUCUCUCUGGCUGGUUCCACACACAUUCAUUCCCUGUACAGAUGUACCUCUAAGGUCAGAGAGUCUUGCAGUGAUCAGAGUAGAGAAUUUUAUCCAGAAAUACUUGAGGUCUAGUUUUAAGAUCUACUCAUCCCUUUCAUCUCCCAUUUUGUCUUUAUCAUCCAGGUAAUACAGUAACUCCUUGGUUUUGUUUUUUCCCCCCUUUUUUUUUGUAAAGUGAAAUGUUUUUUAGUAUGAAAAUAAUUUCCACAUCUUUUCUAAACAUCAGAAUUUCAGAAUUUGAUUUUUUUCUUCAUUCUCUGACGUAAGAAUGAAAGCCUGUUUAGUUCAAAAAGAAAUAGAAAAAAAAAAAAAGAAAAACCUCUUUUGUAACGAAUAUAUGACUUUGUCACUUUUUAUAGUGUUCUUAUAUAUACAUUUAACGCGAUUGUCCCCAGGGUUGUUGUCUUUACUACUGUUAGGACAUGGCUUUAAGUAAAAAUUGAUAACUAUUUCUGAGUCAAUUCCACAGAUACUGACUAUCAUAGCAGUCAAUCAGCUACCACACUGGGACAGGCAAGGCCUUUCAUUUUGAGGACUCAUCCCCAUAACCAUUAGCAUUCAUGACAGACACUUCUUGCUCUUUUAACUUCCAUGUGUCUACUUACCUGGAGCAUAAGCAGUAGCAAUUUGAAUCGUCUUAUUCUGGCAGCUGCGAGACUUUGAAGAUGAUGACUUUCAAAAGGACUUUUGUAGAAAGCUUUUCUUACCUGACACGUUGAGAAGAAAUGUGUCAUUUUAAAAUCGCCCUGUAUAUACUGCUUUACCCCUGGUGAAGACAAAUCAGCCAACCUGCCUCAUAACUGUAAAUUUAGAACUUCUGUUUCCAAACUUUGUGUAAUUUAAAUGGCCAUUUCUGUUUGCAUACAACUGUCAGUUAUUCUAGCGUCAGUGUAUCUGACUUUCAAUACAGGAAAGUAAUGAUUGUACCAAAUUAACAGUACACAUUGAGGAUAAAAACACCCAUAGUGUAGUACUUGACAAUGUUAAUACGAGUAAGUCCUUAAGUUCAGCAAAGAGAAGCACACACAAUAAUGUAUUUCAAAAUUCCAAACAGCAAUCUCAAGCUAAAAAUCUAUGGUUCCCUUAAAAUCCAUCAGGUUUCCUUCUGUUAAAAAGUGGGUUUUGAUACGUUUCAUACAACUAGUUUGUUGAAUUGUCUUUUUGACAGCAUCCCCCCAGAAGAGUGACAGAUACUGAUGUAUGUAGUGAAGAGCACUUUCAAGUUUGGACAGACUGACAUUUCUUUAAAAAAUCUUGUUUCAAAAUGUUCAUAUAUAUAUUGGUAUCUCCUAAAAAUCAAAAGGCAUGACGGAGACAUUCUUAUGAUUUCCAGCUUUGCACUGUUGGAUUUCGGAGAUGAAACGAUGUGUAAUCUUUAUCUUCCUGGGGUUUUUAAAUGCAAUGUCAAUAUUCCUAUGUUUUUUAAAUUCCAGCAAAAAUAAAAAUAAUUUCAAUGUA